AUGUCGAAUACACAAAUACGAGCUGCAUCUAGCAGUACCCAACCACAAUGGUCGGCACCAGAUACAUCAUCGAGACCAAUCGCCGUUUUGGGUGGAGGAGUCUUGGGUCGACGAAUUGCUGCUUCCUGGGUAGCUGCUGGCUACGAAGUUGUUUUAUGCGAUCUUAGCGACGAGCAGAGAAACGCUGCAACACACUACAUCGAACACCACAUGGAUGAAUUUUCGAAACUUACCGGAAAUGCUCGAAAACGAAGCGAAUUUACCACGGUCAAAGAUAUUGAAGAGGCGGUCAAGAAUGCAUGGUUGGUGGUUGAAGCGCUGCCGGAGAAGCUUCCAUUGAAGAUCGAAAUCAUGGCCCAGCUACAACAACAAACACCAAAGGAUUGCAUUUUGGCUUCCAACUCAUCAUCGUACAAGUCGCGGCUUAUGCUCGAUAAGGUGGAUGCGGGUAACCGACAUCGAGUGUGCAACAUGCAUUAUUACAUGCCACCGGGCAAUAACGUUGUCGAACUCAUGACCUGCGGAGAGACGCAUGGAGAUAUCUUGCCUUUCCUGCAAAGCAAGCUACAGGAUGCGGGUAUGCAGCCGGCUAUUGCGCGCAAGGAAUCGACAGGCUUCAUCUUCAAUCGAUUGUGGGCUGCCAUCAAGAGGGAGAGUUUGCUCAUCAUGGCGGAGGGCGUAUCGGAGCCGGAAGAGAUUGACAGACUGUUCCUUACAAUGUUCAAGGAUAACCCGGUUGGACCUUGCGGUAUGAUGGACGCGGUAGGCUUGGACACAGUUGCGUUCAUCGAGAACAACUAUGUUCAGGAGCGCGGUGGCGAUCCCACAGCGCGCGACUGGGUUCAAAAGAAUUUUGUCGAGAAGGGGAAGCUAGGUGCAAAAUCUGGAAAGGGUGGUUUAUAUCCCGCCGGCGAGACUACUCGAAGCUCCAAGGAUGAGAGCGGUCAUCACGACAACCUUGCGGCGCCCAGACUGUACUUCUUGGACAUUGGCAUUGGAGGAAACGUCACCGAUUUGCAGAAGGUUGUCACAUCUGGAAAGAUUAUGACAGCUUCGGCGGACGGAAGUAAUGUGCGUGAGAUUGUCGGCGGACAAGCCAUGCCAGAUGGUAUCGACGUAUCCAUCUCUGCUGGUCGAAUUUUCUGGACCAACAUGGGUGCCUCUCCGGCUAAGAAUAACGGCAGUGUCAUGUCUGCAAACCUUGACGGCUCUGAUGUUCGACCUGUCAUUCCGGAAGGUCAGAUUCACACACCCAAGCAGCUCAAGAUCGACCACGACAACAAGAAGUUAUACAUCUGUGACCGGGAAGGCCUACGAGUUCACCGAUGUGAUUUUGACGGCGGCAACCACGAGAUCAUCGUACAGACGGGCGUUGCCGGCUCAGCAGACGGAGAAGACCAAACGAAGUGGUGCGUUGGUAUCGCUGUUGACCCCCAGGCAGGAAAGUUCUACUGGUCUCAGAAGGGUCCUUCCAAAGGUGGCAAAGGUCGCAUCUUCCGCGCAAAUAUGGAGAUUCCAGCCAACGAGACAGCAUCUUCCCGCUCCGAUAUCGAAUUGCUAUUCGAAAACCUUCCCGAGCCAAUCGAUCUUGAGUUCGAACCUGAUAGCGAAACACUGUAUUGGACAGACCGCGGCGAAUACCCGCUGGGCAACACGCUGAACAAAGCGUAUGUAGGUGUCGACGCCGAGACGAAGGAGAAGAGGGGUGUCAUAACCUUAGCCAGACAUUUCCACGAGCCGAUUGGACUGAAGAUCGAUGCCGUGAAUCGACAUGUUUACUUGACGGAUCUGGGAGGUACAGUGUAUAGGUUUGAUAUGGACGGAGGUAAAAAGAAGAAGAUCUAUGAGACGGAUAGCGCGUACUCUGGUAUCGCACUUGCGCAUUUGCACUGA